UGGACCUGCGUGAACGCAACUUCCGGCCGGGCAAAGCCGUCUCCUGGGCAGGUUCUAUAGAACUGGACUCUAGAUCGACGAAACUGCCGGGGUAGCGGAGGGGAUCUGACUGCCCGCGACCAUGUGGAGGCUGCUGGCUCGCGCCAGUGCGCCGCUCCUGCGGGCGUCCGCGUCAGAUCCUAUGCCCGCCAGUGCUGGCCUAAAGACGCUGCUCCCGGUGCCAUCCUUUGAAGAUGUUUCCAUUCCUGAAAAGCCCAAGCUCAAAUUUGUUGAAAGAGUACCACUUGUACCAAAAGUAAGAAGAGAACCUAAAAACUUGAGUGACAUACGGGGACCUUCCACUGAAGCUACUGAAUUCACAGAAGGCAGUUUUGCAAUUUUGGCACUGGGAGGUGGUUAUCUCCGUUGGGGCCAUUUUGAAAUGAUGCGCCUGACAAUCAACCGUUCUAUGGACCCCAAGAAUAUGUUUGCCAUUUGGCGAGUACCAGCCCCUUUCAAGCCCAUUACCCGCAAAGGAAUUGGGCAGCGCAUGGGGGGAGGCAAAGGUGCCAUUGAUCACUACGUGACACCCGUCAAGGCUGGCCGCCUCAUAGUUGAGAUGGGGGGGCGGUGUGAAUUCAGAGAGGUACAGCAUUUCCUGAACCAGGUUGCCCACAAGUUACCCUUCCCAGCAAAGGCUGUGAGUCGUGAGUCCCUAGAGAAGAUGCGCAAAGAUCAAGAGGAAAGAGAACGUAACAACCAAAACCCCUGGACCUUUGAGCGUAUAGCCACUGCCAACAUGCUGGGGAUUCGGAAAGUACUGAGCCCAUAUGACUUGACCCAGAAGGGUCAAUACUGGGGCAAAUUCUACAUGCCUGAACGGGUGUAGCGAGAGCACAGGAAUGCACAGACCUGGGCUGCUGAGAGGGGGAUCUGCAUUCUUCUCCUCAGCCUGCCCAUUAAGUCUCUGGGUGCCUCUUAGGUUAUAACCGAGCAGCAGCAUGAGGUGGAUGACUUCUGAAGAAGUGUAAUUAUUUGUUGGUUUUUAAAAUUUUGAGUGUAACCUCAGGGUAUAACUUCUUAUUGGUCACCCUUAAUCCCUUAAGAGAUAAAGAAGGGUUGUUAAGAGCUCUUUGUUCUUGUAGAUUGUGAAAUAAACGUCUUCAGGAAUGAAACAGA